AUGGCCACCACCGCCGGCAACCCCCAAGCCACGCCACAGGCCGUCAUAGGCCAUGUGCAGAAGCUAGGCGAUGCUGACCCCGACUUUCGCUUCAUGUCCCUCAACGACUUGCUCCAGCUGCUCACGACUGCACGAGAUGACUUCCUACAGCACGACUAUAACAUCGCCGCAAGAACCGUCGAUGGUAUAAUCAAGACGCUGGACGACCAGAACGGAGAGGUGCAGAACCUAGCCAUCAAGUGCCUUGGGCCUCUUGUUGGCAAAGUCCCCACCCCCAUCAUUGCCCCGAUGAUUGACAAGCUGUCGUCACUGAAGCUUAAGAAUUCUGUUGACACGGCUGUCCCUGCGUUGGCGCUUCGAGCCGUCAUCACCGCCCUUCCUCGACCGAUCCCCGGCAUACCGAGCACUCCUGGUGUCCAAGAGGCAUACAAUGCCGUUAGCCGGGUGUUGAUUCCGCGACUUAUUGGGCCUGGACCCCUAACACGAGUCCCAGAGGUAACCCGAAUCAAUCUCCCUGCGGUCCCGACAGGGCUGCUGCAGGACGAGAAUGGUGUCAACGCUGAAGCAGUGGAUGUCUUGGUAGAAGUUGUCCGGUGUUUCGGCCCUUUGCUGCAGCAGGUUGAAGUCGAGGCAAUGCAAGAGGUCGUCUUGCAAUUACUUCAGGGGGAUAAGGCUACAUCUGUGGUAAAGAAGAGGGCCGUCGUCGCUAUUUCCAUGCUCGCCGUCUACUUGUCCGAUGCACACCUUGAAGACGUUAUUAACCGCAUCACUGCUGGCUUGGCCCAGUCUAGCAUCCCCCCCGUCACACGCCGCCUCUACAUUUCCAUAUUGGGCAGCAUGGCUCGGUCAAUCCCUCCCAGAUUCGGCGUACAUCUUCAAAAGACGAUGCCUUUUAUUCUGGAGGCCCUGUCCGAAGCAGAACUCGAAGAACACCUGGAAAAGAUCAGCGAUGGCGAUGACUUGGGACCAGAGUUCAACGAGAUCCGCGAGACGGCCCUAGUCGCCCUUGAGGCAUUCUUGGCUUCAUGUCCACAGGAGAUGAGGCCUUUUACGGAUGCCUCCCUCGCUGCUUGCUUGCGAUAUCUAAAGUAUGAUCCCAAUUACGCCGUAGAUGACGACGAGGAGAUGGAUGUCGAUGAGGAGGAAGAGGAAGACCAGGACGAUGAAUUCGAAGACGACGACGGAUUCGAGGAUGACGACGACGAUGCAAGCUGGAAGGUCCGUCGCUGUGCUGCAAAGGCCAUAUACACCCUUAUUUCCACUCGUGGCAGUGGCGAUCUUCUGGACAAUGGUGUUUUAUACAACCAGGCGGCUCCUAAUCUUGUCAAGCGUAUCGAGGAGAGAGAAGAAAACGUUCGUCUCGAGGUCAUCUCCGCCCUGUCGCUCCUCAUUCGCAAGACUGGUGAAGGUCUUCACACAGUGGAUCUAACCCGUGAUGAGUAUGAGCCUGAAAUCGUCUCUCAGAUGCCGCUCAGUCGCAAGAGAAGAAGACAAAGUAGCGCUGGAGGAUCGAGCGCAGCCAAGUUCAUGGCAGGCGCCGGCAUCACAUCACUUGCUGCUGAGAAAAUCCCCUCCCAGGGCCCACGGGCGGACCUCUCUCGACUUACGCCAACGAUUCACGGCGGCCUUGUCGAGUUUUUCCCUGAAAUCAUCGGCCCCAUCAUCGAUGCCAUCAAGACCACAGGUACGAGUUCAAUCUCGUCUUCUCUCGCAGCCGCGGGAGGCUCUGCAUCAGCAACCCCAAGCACUUUGCGCGUUGCCUCAUUGAAGCUCAUUAGCGAUAUCGCCAAGACGCAUUCGUCCUCUGUGCUGCAGCCAUAUCUUAGCAAGGUUGUUGCUGGAGUGGCGUCUGCCGUUCAUGACCGCUUCUACAAAAUCUCAAGCGAGGCCAUUCGUACCUCAGAAGAGCUCGUCAAGGCGAUUACUCCUCCGCGAUCGCGAAACGGUAGUUCAAAGUUCAAGGGUGACCUGGAUAAGCUCUACGAAGUCAUCGUGGACCGUGGCUCUGCCAACGACGCCGAUGCAGAGGUUCGACAACGUGCCAUCCAUGCUCUAGGCAUUCUUAUUUCCAGGACAUCCAGCACGGAGGCAUCCGGCCUCCUAUCCCCUGAGAAGCGCACACUCGCUUUGAAUAUCAUUCAGGAGCGACUGAAGAAUGAGACAACUCGUCUCGCUGCGGUUCGUGCUGUUGACAACGUUGCCGCAUUUGCUAUCUCGCCUGACCAGCUGCAACAACCAUGGAUCCAAGAUGUUGCUCUGGAGCUCUCAGCUCAGCUGCGAAAGGCAAACCGAUCUCUGCGAGGUUCCAGCAUUCAGGCCCUCAAGCAUCUUGUUCUCUCAAAAGCUACCCAAGGCAAACUAGAACCAGCUACUAUCCAGGGACUAGUAUCUGCGUUGCUGCCUACCAUUAAGAACAGCGAUACCCAUCUCCUUGGCCCAACUUUGAUCAUUCUCGGCAACAUGGUACAAAGCCAUGCAAACUUGAUUAUCAACGAAGAGGUGAUUGGGGCGCUCUGCCAGCUGCUGAAAUCCCACUUUGCCAACAUUGUUCUCGACCAGCUGCUUGACCUGAUAAGUCGAGUUGGCGAGAGUGGCGCCGGCGAACCUCUUAUGCAAGGUCUUUUGAAGGAUGUGAGCGUUCAGGGCGACCCGAUUGUCGUGGGCAAGGUGAUUGGCACGCUGCUCGUGACGGGUGGUACCUCGGCAGGCGUUUCUAUCGAUAGCUUUGUCACGGAACUUCACGGCAGCACGCAGCGUGGAGACGAGGCCGGUGUAAGCCUCGCCCUUGCUGUUCUAGGAGAGGCGGGAAUGAGGCUUGGGGCCAAAUCACCUCUUCAGCCUCAGUUGUUCUUGGAGCAAUUCCAUCCGGAGCCAGACAAGGUGUCGCUGGCUGCUGCCAUUGCGCUUGGCAGAGCUGGAUCUGGAAACGUGCCGGAGUACCUCCCAGUUAUCCUCAAGACAAUGGAGGGUGGAGGCAAUACACAGUACUUGCUUAUUCAGUCUAUCAAAGAGAUUCUCCAAUCAACUCCGUCGCAGUCUACCGAUCUCCAGACUUAUGCCACGGCAAUCUGGGGUCAGCUUAUUGGAGCAUCACUGAAUGCUGACAACAAGAUCAUCUGCGCCGAGUGUGUUGGCCGCCUAUCCACCCUGGACCCUACAACAUUUAUGCCCAAACUUCAGACGCUCUUGAAGGAUGAAUCAUCGGGCAUUCGAGGCAUGGCAGUCCAGGCUGUCAGGUACACCCUCCCUGAGAGCGAUGAGACGUUCGAUGCUAUGCUCAGAAAUGUCCUCAUCGAAAUGCUCCUGACGAUGCUACAAGACUCGGACAUGGAAAUCCGACGACUGGCGAUGACGACACUGAACUCGGCAGCUCAUAACAAGCCAGAUCUUAUUCUACCUCACUUGGGCGAACUGCUGCCUUUCGUACUCAGUGAAUCGGUGAUCAAGAAGGAGCUUAUCCGGGAAGUCAUGCUAGGCCCGUUCAAGCACAAGGUUGACGACGGUCUGGAAGUUCGCAAGAGCGCAUACGAGACCCUCUAUGCACUGAUGGAGACGGCUUUCACACGGAUAAACAACAUCGACUUCUACGACCGGGUUAUCGCAGGUCUUAAGGAUGACAACGAUAUCCGCCAGCUUUGCAACUUGAUGGUUACUAAACUGAUUGUCAUCGACCCUGAUGAGACGGCACGACGACUGGACUCGAUUGCCGAGGCCUACCGUGGAGUUCUCUCCAUUAAGCUCAAGGACAAUGCCGUCAAGCAGGACGUUGAGAAGCAGGAGGAAACCAAUAAGAGCAUAUUGAGAGUGACUCUCCUUCUGGGAGACAAGAUGAAGGCGAUGACUGGAAAUGCCGGAGCAGCAACCAGUAAUGCAGCGGCAGCGGGCGCGUGGACGGGCUACUGGGAGUGGGCAAAUAAGGAGUUUGAUCGGCAACUUAAAGGUCUGCGGGAAGAGAGUAGCCAGCUCCACACGAGGACUCUCUGAGGAGAGUGGAUGCAAAGAGAAUCGGCAGGCCAAUAGGGAGAAACGGACGCAUGAUGCGGUGUAACCAUGGCAUUCUGCCUUACGGCACGGGCUCGUGUCCCAUUAAAAUAUGCAUGUUGGCUCAGGGUCCAUUCACUCUACGGCUCCCGUAUGAAGUAGUAGUAGCAGAUUAGAAGGGAAAAAAAGACUCAUUUGACUAGCCAACAGAUCCAGGGUCCAGGGGGCCUGGGUACGGGUUACAAAGCAUGUGGCCAGCACCCAUAACACUGAUGCGGGCCGGUUGCAGAUAUAUCCGCUUGGCAGGCCAAAUUAUCAGACGAAGGCGUCUCUCCUCCUACGAGUACGAGCAGCGCCGAAGAGAGAACGCGAUACUCCGCAGGGGUCCAUCUCUUCAACGUCGUAUGCGGGCUUUUGUCGGACGGGCAAAUACAGUAGCAGUUCUAAUAAUAACACAGUCCUCGC